AACUUUGAUCAACUCCCCGUAAGUCUUGGUAUUCCGAGUUUUUCGAGAUGGUCUACUUUCCUGAAAGAAAAGCAUACGCCCUCUUCCAAGCGCGGAGCUGGCCGCGUAAAAUGCGCGCGCGUCACGUUGUAUGAACGCAAAGUUACGCUCCAACAUGCUGGUACGAUACAAACUACAUGUAGGCCUACUCACUUUUUUUCUCAAAGCAACGGGUGUUUAGUUACUGAGAUUUCAUCUUCAAGUGUCUCGGAGCUACGUCAUGCUAACCACAUUCUGUGCGUUAUCAAGACCUAAAUUGAAGUCUAGAGUUUGGAUUUGGACAUUCCUUUUUGCAGCUACUUUUAUCCGCGUAAAUUUGGCAAAUCAAUUCAAAGAGGCAAUAUGGCUGACACCUCAGGAGUCCAGCAUAGAUAUGCAGUGUAAGGCGGACCUGCUCAAACGCUACCAGCCGCAGAUAACUACAAGUUGGUUCAAAGAUGACACGGUGGUCGUACCCACCGCGCGACUGGAGUUGGACCACCUGGACACGCUGCGCAUCACCGGCCCAGUCCCCGAGGAUCACGGCCUGUAUGCUUGCCGAGUCUCGUACUGGGACACGGUCGUCACUACCAACGAAAUACGGGUACACGCGGGACUUCCGGGCCGAACACUUGGUGAAUCAUCCAUCUGGAUAGCUCAGAACAACGAUAUCGUAGGAGUGUCUAACGUCUGGGCAAUAUCCAUCAUGUCAACUACUGUCAUCGGCAUCAUAUGGCUUUUCAUAGUAGUAAUACUCAGGCUCAAAAGAUGCAGAUGUUGUGGCAAGGAUUACGAGCUGCUGGCGUCCGGCGCCAACUGAUGAUACGGGAGGCAGCUAAAAGUGAAACCGACGAGUCCCUCCCGCUCAAUAUCUGUGAACGACAACCGUGGCGGCGCUACACAGAGAAUUCUGGCGUAUAGUUGCAGUUGCAGACAUAUUAAAUGUACAGGGGUAUAUCUCAUAUCGAAAUAGCUAUGUGUACCUUGGCAAGGUUAUGAAGUAAUGAGAUCGAACGCAGAUGGUCGAGUAAAACUCAGUUUUAGCAGUAGCACGCACGUACAAUCCAAUUAAAAGAUUAAUUAAACAAAUGCAUGCCUUUUUUUGAAGACUGGAAUAAAACGGGACAGUUUGGUAUUUUGUUUGCUACUAUAUACAGACAAUUAUUUUUAUUAUCAAAAUAUAGCAUCAUCAAAUAGACUGUUGCAAUGAUAUCACGAAAGGUCACUUCGGGUUGCAGAAACACUGACAGCAAAUAUACAGAUCAUUGUAUUAUCAAGUAUAUAUAUAUAUCAAAUAUAGCAUUAUCAGUUAGACUUCUAACAAUAUUCUCACAGGAACAGUUAAACUAAUCAGCAUUAUUUUUCACAACACUGACGGUAAAAGUUUUCAAUAUUGUAUUUUUUUUUCUUCAUCAUAAUAUACAUACAAAGUUCAAUUCAUGAAUGUAUACAUGUAAAAAUAUUGCAUAACUAUAUUUCAUAAAUCAUUAUCUUAUAAAUCUGCAAGGCACACACAUACAAGUGUAUUUUACAAGAAAAAAAAGGACAAGUCCAUUUGCAGUAAAAAAACAAACAGUUAUAAAAACAGCCUGACAAAGAAUGAAACUGCCCUGAUACAUGUAGGUAAGCCUCGUACAUUUCCUCAUUAAUAAUACAAAUAAUCAAAUUGAAAGGAUCUCAAACGUACAAGAAUUAUUGCUCACUUCAGUCAUAUUGUCAACUGAAAGACACUCAUUUAUGAACCCAUCGAUUGCAUAUUCGAAACAGCUAUAUGGGGGUUGAUAUUUUGCCAUAUAUACAGUUUAUAUGAACAUGCUCAUAAAA